AUGCACAAUAAUACACAAGCUCAAAUAGUAACAACAGCACAGAAUGCUCGUUUAUUAGAAUUGGUGUAGAAUAGCAGAAAAUUGGUUCAUGAAGGAUAAAUCUAAAUUUGUUAUAUGCCCGAUGCUAAGAUCUAUUUUGUGAUGAUCAACACCUAUUGUCAAACCAUCUUUCCUAGCACUCCUUGGGUUAUACUUAAGUCUGAUAAAGGGUAUUCCCUUCUGUACCCAAAUGCCACUGCUGGAUUGAAUGGAAUUUUCAUUCAAAAAGGACAAGAUGGAGAUUUCUUUUUAAAUACACUUCAACAAUUAGUGCAAAUAAUUCCCUUUGAGAAUGCCAUCCAAAUACCUUAAUUCAAACAAAGCAUACAACUACAUUGCAAAGAUAUUGACAUCAACCCAUUGGAGAAUAGUACUGUGGCUGUGGGUUAUAUAAAGGCUGGAGGAGAGGCUUUGAAAGAAGGCUUCAGUUGGUUAGGGGAUAAGAUAGCCAAAGGAGUGGCAGCAGGGGGAGAAUAUAUCAAUUCAAAAGUGGAGAAAAAGGAAGAUGUUGAAGUCAAACCAGAAACCAAAGUUAAAGUGGAGAUUGCCAAGUCUAAGUUCUCAGAGACAGUUGAUGUUACUGGGGCAUAUCUGAAAUAGUUAUUCACUCCAGUUGUAUAAAAAGGGUCAGAAAUAAAGCAGGAUAUUAACAAAUAGAUUGAUACUUCAGAUAGUUAAGGAUUGAAGGAGGGUCGAGAAAUAUUUGUGGCUAGUUGGGAUGCAAUGGGAACUGCUUUGACUGGUCUAGGCUCAGCAUUGUCAAAAAUUGGUGAUUAAAUUGGAACAAACACUAGAGUUAUAGUUGAGAAGAAGUAUGGAUAGGAUGUCUCUGAAACAUAUUUGGGUCCAAAGCCACAAUAAUAAUAAUAAUAAUAAUGAUUUGCACAAUAAAUUUAUUAC